AUGGUGUCAACUCAUAAGAAAGAAAAGCCUUGGGAUACCCCAGAUAUUGACAAGUGGAAAAUUGACGAAUUUAAGCCUGAGGAUAACGCUAGUGGGUCUGCGUUUCUUGAAGAAUCGUCAUUUAUGACACUCUUUCCUAAAUACAGAGAGGAAUAUCUUAAGCAGGUUUGGCCAGAUGUCUCCAAAGCUUUGAAGAAGCAUCAUAUUGAAUGUACAUUGAACCUUGUAGAAGGUUCAAUGACUGUCAAGACAACAAAAAAGACAUUUGACCCUGUUCAAAUCUUAAAUGCAAGAGACUUGAUCAAAUUGUUAGCGAGGUCUGUUCCAUUCCCACAAGCGGUGAAGAUAUUACAAGAUGAUAUUGCCUGUGAGGUUAUAAAGAUUGAUGGGUAUGUAUCGAAUAAGGAAAGAUUCAUCAAGAGAAGACAAAGACUUAUUGGUCCCUCCGGUAACACUCUUAAAGCCUUAGAAUUGUUGACUGAUUGUUAUAUGUUAGUCCAAGGUAAUACGGUUGCAGUUAUGGGGCCACAUCUCGGGUUGAAAACCUUGAGGAGAGUUAUUGAAGAUUGUAUGCAAAAUAUCCAUCCGAUUUAUCACAUUAAAGAGCUUAUGAUCAAGAAGGAAUUGGCUAAGAAUCCAGAUUUAGCUAAUGAAAGCUGGGAUAGAUUCUUGCCACAAUUCAAGAAGAGAAAUGUUCAACGUAAAAAGACCAAGCAAUCUAAGGAGAAGAAAGAGAAGGUUUACACUCCGUUCCCACCUCAACAAUUACCUCGUAAAGUUGAUCUUGCUAUUGAAUCUGGUGAAUAUUUCUUGAGCAAGAAGGAAAAGAAGGUCAAAGAGCUACAAGAAAAGAAACAAAAACAAGAUGAAAUGAAGGAGAUGAAACAAAGCGAGAGAAGUAAGGACUAUGUGGCUCCUGAGGAAGACAUUAGAGAGAAUCCGUUGAUGAAAAAGUCAAAGAAAAGAAAGCAUGAUGAUUAUGAAGAUGAAAAUAAAAGUAAGAAGGAAAAAAAGCAUAAGUCAUCAAGUGACGAUGAAUAA